CAGUAACAGAGUUGACAGACAAUGUGUGUGUUCUCCUCUCGCUGUGAGUCCAAUCAGCAGAGCAGCAGGUGUGAUAAUGACGCUGAGAUCAGCUCAGACCAGAUCCUGCACAGGUCUCCAUCUGGACUCCAGUCCCGCUCCUGCUGCUCCUGUUGUUCAGAUCAUGCCGCUGUUCGCGUUGCUUCUUUGGACAUUGUUUGGUGGUACCCUGGGAGGACCGGUUCGGCGGGAGACAUGGUCCGUGGGGGUCAAAUCGGAAUCAACAAAAGAGGGUGGAGACGCGCGCGCCUCAUUCUACCAUCUGCCCGUGUUCCAGCACGCACCGGGGCCGCUUGUAGCACAAGAUCUUUUCCGGCCGGUUCCUCUUAAAAGGCCGCUUCCCACUGAGCUGACUGCGCUGCUGCUGCCGCCAACGGGACAACACCAGAUCGUCCAAGAGACGGCUGCGCGCGCAGUGGAGGUCUGGUGCGGAUACGAUAAAAUCUCGGUGCGCGUGGACCGCCUUCAGCUGCGCGCCUGGACAGUUCCAUCUCUGUUCCGACUAGGCUCGUGUGAAGUCAGUAGGGUCAGCCCCCGCUUCCUGUAUUUCCACUACAGACUGACGGAGUGCGGCGGAGAAUCUCAGGUUUUUGGUGGUCAGCUGGUGUACACCUAUUCACUGUGUUAUACUCCACCUCCACAAGGCUACAUCAUCAGAGUCAUACCACUUAGCCUUCCUAUCCAGUGCCAUUACAACAGGUUUCAUUACUCAUACCAAGUUGGGUUCAGGCCUCAAGUUCAGCACACAACCUUUAUGAAGAACAUCAGGAGUAAACUCCGCUUCAGCCUCAAUGUCUGCAAUGCUCAGUGGGAGCCCCUCCCUCCAGGCCACUGGUUCUUUUUAGGGGAGCCAGUGUAUUUUGUGGCCCAGACAGGGCCUCUGUUGGCUGGGGAGAAGCUUUAUGUGGACUCAUGUUAUGCCACAAGCUCCAGGGACCCAAACAGCACACCCAGAGUGGAUAUUAUCACUAACUACGGCUGCAUGAUGGACAGCAGGAGGGAGCACAGCAGCUCUUGGUUCUUGUCAGGAGGGGGAAGUGAGCUAAGAUUCUCUGUGGAUGCAUUUCUCUUUACAGAAGUCUCACAAGUGCUGUACCUCCACUGUUCAAUGUCAGUUGGUUUCACCACAUCCAGCACCUCAAAGUCCUGCAACUACAACCAGGCAGCUAGCAGGUGGGAGGAGCUGGAGGCCCCACCCUCUAUAUGCUCCUGCUGUGAUUCAAUAUGCAGUGACAUACAGGACUCUAUUAAGAACACGGUCAGCAGUCCAGGCUGGUUCAUUGGUCAAAAGGUUGACGAUAAACCAAGGAUGAGGGUGAUAUCUUUUCAAGCAGAGGAAGGAAGGGAAUGGAUAGAUGAAGAAGAGAAGAGGGAUGGAAGAAUGGAUGAGCACCUUCAAAAAGUUCAGACUUUUCCACAGGAGAUGGAGUUUGGCAGCAAGGAGGAAAAAGAAGAGGCAGCUCCUGAGAAGACAUCUGUGGUUCCUGCUGAGAAAAAAGAAUGGAGGCACAGUACUGCAGUCAGCCAGCAGGGGGGGGGAGAAAAGGAGGAUGAGACAGAAGAGGUGGCUGUGGAAAAGGCAGACAGACAGCUGAAAGGAUCAGCAUCAGAUGGUAUCAGUAUGUCUGAGCAGACUAGACCAGGGGAAAAUGAAAAGGUUGAGGACAGGGAGGAGGUGUCCAGUACCACAAAUGGUUCUGUGAGUGGUUUACCCAGUGACAGCAGUGAUACUAAUACUUCAAGAGAUGGUUCUGCAACCACCACUAUCACCACUACAAACUCCAAUUUUGGUAUAUAUUAUAAUACAAAUAAUCAUGGUUCUGCUGAAAAUUUCUCCACAGCUGUGAAUCCCACCAUUACACUUUGUCCUAAUGGUGAUGAGAUGAGUUGCAGUGCCACUGACAGUGCAGUCAAGCGUGAAAGGGGCAGUAAUAGUGCUAGACAUGGCACAGAGCAUGGUACUGACCCCCCUGGUUUUCUUGAUGUCAGAAACUCAGGAAAGAGCAGGCUGGAGUUUGAUGAGCUAGAUCCACUGAGGUCAGAACUGUUCAAGUCUGUUAAUAAAUCAGUGGACACUAAGUCUGACAGGAUACCAGAUUCUGUCAGCAGUAUAGGAGUAGAUGGAGGUAAUGAUGUGCUUCACAGUCUACAAAUCAGAGGGUUGGAAUCAGAUCAGUCUGCUCAGCCAGCUGGGCUCUGGGAUUCAGUCUUUGUAAAGGGAUUACUUAGUGAGUCUGGUUUUGACUCUGGAAUUGAAGAAGGUGAAGCUCUUCAUCUGAGUCAGUUUACUGGAGCAGUGAAGACAAAGGAAGGAGAAUUUUCUGGUACCAUUAAAAGUCCUCACAGCAUCAGUUCUGGCCCUGUUGGUUCAGAGCAGAUGCAUCACAACAGCCUCCGUCCUUCCGCUGUGGUGACAGUUACUACCACCCUGCAGGGGUCAGAGAGCAGCCACAUGGUGCCAGGGUGGGGCAUGCAGAGUUUGGAGUUUGUCAUGGAGCAGCCAUGGUUUGUUGUUGGAGGGGCUUGAUAGAGCAACUGUUGAUGUUCCCACAAAGUGAUGAGACUCCUGUGCAGUCUAAUCUAAUUCAACAGCCCACCAAUAAAUUCUCUCUUUAAUUAAUCAUAUCAAAUUAUGUUUUUGUAGACUGUUCCACUGCUUGUUUCCAUAUUAAUAACAAAAUAUUAGAAACACCUUUCACCAUAAUAAGAUGCAGCAUGACAUCACUACAAACCACAGCCUCUAAAUUAACUGUAGAUUUAAAAAAAAAAAGACAUCUGAAUUAGACUCAACAAAAACUGAACAUGAGAAUCUGCUGGGUUCUGUUUUGGAUUACAUUGGGUUGUACAGGUGUUCAGAUGUUGAGGUAUUUUAAUGUAACUGAGGGGCAGAAAAAGGGAGUUUUACCGACCAUUACCUGAACCUCUAUAAACAGUGACCGAGGAAGGAGAUGGGGCCAUUUCUGAUUCUGUUGUCUCAUCAGAGCUUCAUCACAGCUGGUUAAAAUAACAUUACAACCUCUGGGUUUUUGUGUUUUCUGCUGGAGCUUUCCUUUAACGAUCCUUGAAACUAUUAGAACCUCUCUGUAAAUUAUGGAUCAUGAACAUCUGCAGAGCACUGGAGCUCUUGAACUGCUCAUGUAAACCACAGUACUUGAAAUUAAACCCUGGACCCAGGGCAGACUUUGAGGAAAACUGGAGCAGAACAAAUAGUUGUACCUGGCUAUGUCCAUGUAGACAUGUUGCUGAAUAAUAAACUCCUCUGACUGAUCCCUUACACA